CGGGAAGUCGGAGGGAAAGAUCUGCACGAAUCCGCGGAAAUCAACAACAAGACUAUUUUUCAUUUUCGUAACCAUCUGUCAAACUUCUAGUCCCCGUCCGUCCCGUGUUCUGCCAAAGGUGGUGAUGUCGGAGUCUUACGAUUUCCUGUUUAAAUUCUUGGUGAUUGGGAAUGCUGGAACAGGCAAAUCCUGUUUGCUACACCAGUUCAUAGAGAAGAGAUUUAAAGAUGAAUCCAAUCACACAAUUGGAGUGGAGUUUGGCUCAAAGAUCAUCAGUGUGGUCAAUAAAACGGUCAAACUGCAGAUUUGGGACACUGCUGGACAAGAGAGAUUCAGGUCUGUAACGCGCAGUUACUACAGAGGAGCAGCAGGAGCGUUGCUGGUCUAUGAUAUCACCAGUCGAGAGACAUACAACGCUCUGACCACAUGGUUGAGUGACGCCAGGAUGCUGGCGAGUCAGAACAUCGUAAUCAUCUUGUGUGGAAACAAGAAAGACCUGGACAGCGACAGAGAGGUCACGUUCCUGGAGGCAUCACGCUUUGCACAGGAGAACGAGCUGAUGUUCCUUGAGACCAGUGCUCUAACUGGGGAGAAUGUUGAAGAGGCUUUUGUCCAAUGUGCUCGGAAAAUUCUCAACAAGAUUGAGUCAGGAGAGCUGGAUCCAGAGAGGAUGGGGUCAGGUAUCCAGUAUGGUGACGCUGCGUUACGACAGCUUCGUUCUCCUCGCCGAGCUCAGCCACAGGGCAACCAGGAGUGUGGCUGCUAGUGGUCGUGUCCUGUGACGUACACAGUUGAGUGUGGUUCAGACAGGUUUGUGAAGACCAGGAAAAGAACAGCCACGUGGGACCCUGGAAGACCUGGGUUCAGCUUGGGUUGCGGUGCUGGUGCCUCCCCCUGACCUUCGAUCUUCGACCCUCUCACGGACCGCUAAGAACCUUCAGAACAUUUGUUGUUAUGGCCUGUGUCUGCAGAGAGCCACCCCUCUCCCCCGUCCCCUCUUUCCAGACUGCUGGGCAUCGCCAAGGUAACCAGAGACAAACCCACCCUUGAAAAAAAAAAAAGAUCUCCAAUCAGGAUGAAUUUCUGAAAUGAAACUUCUCUCCCUCACCUGCUUUUCCUCCUGAUUACCCCCCAUUUCACAUCAUCACAUUAGAUCAUAUUACUUUUAUUAACAUUACAGUACACUAACUAAAGGAAUCGUCAGACUAGGAAUACUUUUGAACCAGCGGGACAUUGUUUGCUUUUUGGUUGAGUUGUGUUUUGUAUUACAGCUAAAAAACUAACAUGCAACAUGUUAAUUAGCUUUAAAGGUCAUGGCACGUGUUAACCUUUUCCUCUACUGACAGUCUUUAUGCUAAGCUAAGCUAAGCUAAUCACCACCUGGCUCUGCUUUACCACAACCUUCUCCCCACUCUCCUCCCUCCUCCCGUCUGGCACCUCAGAGUAUAUAUACAUAUAUACAUAUAUCGUACUGCACUUCAUCAGCCUCAGUAUCCGCUCCUGAGAUAUCCAAUCAAAAGUGUUCAACAUCAGUAUUAACAUGUUAAUCACGAUCAGUUAAAGGCCAACCCUAUAGUGUCUUGCACCCAUUGUUCACACAGAGAGAGACAGAGAGAGAUAGAGCGAGUGAUUGUUGUGUGGCGUAUGCAACUAAAGACCUGUGAAUAAAAAGGUCGUAUAAAGUCUUACAUUUGAUGUGGAGAACACUGGGAGUAGGAAGGUAUUAACUAACAUUUUAUUAAACGCAACAAUGUCAUUUCUAACCCUGUUUCACACCCAGCCAUAGAGUUGAACACUUGUGAUUGGACGUCUCAGGACAGAUGUCCUUUUGUUUCUUUUGCCCGCUUGUAUGUAGGUAACACUGUAUAUAGUACUUAAUCUGGGGUCAGUCUUAUCAUCCUUACCUACCUUGUGUCCUCCAUGUCUACCUUUGCCUUCACGUUUUUACAUUCCAUCUUUUUUUUUUCCUUCAUCCGUCUCAGCACUCCGUCCCUUCACUCCAUCUGUCCUCGGCACGCUACCUUCCCAAAUCUCCCUGUCACACACUGUACAGUGUUUCUGUAAAUAGAGAUUGACGCAUGUUUUCUCAAACAGAAUAUAAAGAGUAUUUCAUUAUGAAGAGAUAUUGUGUGUAUAUUAAAAGUAGUUAAACAUAUCCAGUGUCAGGUUCACGCAGCGCUGUAUUAUCAUUAUCAUAUACUGGGCAGUAAACGUGGGCCGUACUGUGUGCAGCAUUUAUGUUCAUUUGGAAAUUUGUUCCACUUAAUGUGGAUUAUAUUAUGGACUGAAAAUGUUAAAGGGAUAGGUCGGAAUUUUUGAAGUUGGGUUGUGUGAGGUACUUGUACAGAGUCAGUGUGUUACAUACAGGUGACUGCUCCUUGUGCUGAGAGCUCCUUGUAGCUGGAGGCCUGGUGGGCAACAGGAGACAAUAGAAACACUGAUUUUAGGCUAUAAACAAAAGACAUAUGUCAGACAAACAAAAAGUGAUCAUGACUGCUAAUUGCAGUAAGGCUACGCUCAGAUUACCAGGUUGAAGUGACUCAUGUCCAGUUUUUCUUUUUGCAUUUUGGUGACUGCAUUUAAAUCACGACAAUGGUCAUAUCAGAGAUUCAGAAUCCUUUUUUACUUCCUCGCAUGCACAGAGUGUUGUUGUCCUUAACCAGCGCUGACAGCAUGCGUGUGCUUAACUGUGGCAAAAACAACAAGGGAGCUAAACCUCACUCGCAAAUUCACCUGCGAUAGCUCCCAUUUCUGGGUUUUAUGCGAUACCAGUUAUUUUUACAUAAAAUGAUUUCUGUGUGAUAUUUGUCAAUAUCUGUGAGAAACAAAGAUGUUCUCUUCAGUCUGUAGAAUAAGAUGUGUAUAGAUCGAGACAAUAAUUCAUCUAAAAUUAUAUUUUGACACACAUUUUGCGCCUCCUGCGACUUGAAAAUUGGAUAACGUUUUGAUUAAUUGUUCAGCCCUAAUAGUUAGUAAUGUGUUCUGUCAUCUGUAGUGAAUCAGAUCUGAACAAUGUGGCCGGUAAUCUGAAUGAAGCCUAAGGUAUUGUGCCUAUUCUCGCUGGUCACAAAUAAAAGCACGCGUGUCAUUUAUGACACUACCAAACACUUGGUAGUAGUGGAACUCGUGAAUUCGUACUCACCUACACAUUGUACACAGGAUAUCUGAACUCUGUGCUUUCAGAAAACAGACCUUCAUUCACAAACUACACAAGUACCUCAUCCGACACGACUCCAAAGAUCCUAAACUUUCCCUUAAAUGUCAAAAGAAUUCAGUAGGUUUAGAAAGAGACAUUUAUACAUGAUAGAAUAGAUAGAAUGAUAGAAUGCAACACACGUCUUUGUCCAAACAGCUGCGACUGCUCUGUUUCACUCACACAGCACAUGUUGCCUGUCUACAUGGAAACCUGACUGACUGCUGCCAGUGCUUUAAGAUGUGGUGUCGAGUUUUCUCAUGUGUUUGAUUGGUAUUUGUGUCCAAAGAUGAAUUUUGCCUCUGGUUUUCAAACUUUAAAACAUUUCAGCAACACAAAGGACUCUGUGAUUUUCCCGGUGUGUUUUCAAGGGCCCAUUCAAGCAUUUCAUACAUUGUGUAUAUAUAUAUAUGUUUUUAUUUGUCUUUUACCCCUAAAAGAUGAUGCAUUACUUUUAAAAAAAAUAUUAUUUAACAUGAAAAUCUUCAUGUGUUGUUGGUUUUGGCUGUUCCACAACAGGAUGCUGUCUUGUGUUUGUCAUCCAGUCAUUUAUUCAUAUUUAUGUAUGCUAUUUUUUCAGUUAUCAUAAUGGAUAUUAUGGAUUUUUAAUUUAUUGUGUAUGAUAAAUGCAUAUGUUUUUAGAAGAAAAAUGAUGACGAAUAAAGUAUCUUAUUUAAA